UAAGAAGGUAUCUAAACAAAAUUCAACUUUUUGAUGCCAAUUGGAAAGGACUUACAGAACUAACUAUUUUGGCCUACAAAGUACCUUUAUAUCUUGUUUAAAGAUCGUUACAUUUAAAACAUUUUAAAUAUCAAGUUUAGUUAUGAAAAAUAAAAACAGUGAAACAGUUUUACGGAGCUUUUUUCCACUCCGUGGAGUAAGUCACUUUUUUUUCAUAACCAACAAAAUUGUGCUCAGUGAAUAAUUUUUUUAAGCGUGGUUGUUUGUUAAAUUUAUCGCGUACUUUGACUGAGACAUUUUUGGCCGCAUAAGAAUAUCGAGAGGGAUAUGUGUAUUUGCUAUAUUUUUUAAAAAUUAUAAUCAGUACGUCGUCGACGCCUCAGAAGGAAGGUUGUCUCUCAUUGAUCACCCGAAACUAGUAAAAUGUUGUCCUCAGUGUGUUGCAUAAGGCUUAAUACUUACGGAGUGGUUAUCAGUUAUUUGAGCCUUAUUGUAUCAACCUUAGCCACGGGAGUUUUAUUCCUAUUUUCUGCAAAUGUUACAUAUAGCAUAUUGACGGACGUACUGUAUUUUAUUUUGUGCGCCUGCUGCUUUCUAGUACUGGUUAACAUUGUGACAUUCACCACCAUGGCUGUUGGUAUUGUGCAGAAAAAGCAUCAGUUCAUGCUUCCGUGGCUGAUGAACUGCGGGCUGCUCCUGGUGGUCUUGACUAUCGACAGCGUGCUAUUAUGGAUUAACCUUAUUUUAUACCAGGACUCGCUUAAUAUCAUCCUGAUUAUCUUCAUUAUCAACGCAGGCAUUCUUGGUGAGUCAAACCAAAUUGACUUGGACGCAGCUAACACUGUAAUCUAUUUUCCAGGGUUUGGAUGGUAUGUGUACUACGGAAUCUAUUCGCUAUUCAAGAACAUCCAGACAUACAGGGAGACACCAGAGGCUGUCUAA